GCCAAGUCACCGCCUCUAUCAAGGAUUUCAACUUUGAUGAAACCCACAGCAAGUCAGUUGGCCAAGCAAAAUCAUCGUCGAGAACCUCACUUGAACCGGUUAUCGAGGAGGUUUGGGGAGAAGCUUAGGAAAGCUGAUGUUAAUUCACAGAAAUCUCCUUCCAGUGAUACCCAUUGUACUAAAAGACAGAAGUUGGAGGCUGGCUAUUUACGCAAGGUUGCUGAACUUAAGCAUCAACCUUUUUGGUUGCACAAGGUGCCAAUAAGGGUUGGAGGUGAUGUUAUCACAGUAAAUGCUAGACCUAAAGUAACCAUUCCUAGAGAACCGAAUUUGGAAACGGCACAUAGAGCACAAAGACGUAGGUAUAAGGUUAAUGCCAAACCAGGAGAACAAGCAAAAAUUCUCGAGGCUCCUCCAUUGCCUACACCUAAAAAGAGCACGGUACCAGCAACAGAGUUUCAGGUGUUUAACCUCAGGACAUCGGCAAGAGCUUAUGCAAUGCAACAGACAUAUAAUAACGUGACAAAUGCACCUAAUUCUAAUGAAAAUACAGAGAUUAAAGGGUAACUAUCUUUG